AUGUCUGAGCUUUUUGACACAGGAUCCGGGGCAUCGGCGUUCGACGUCUUCAACGAACGCGUGGUGCCGCGCAACUACAUCGAUCAUACCUGGAGUGAGGAUCUGUACCGUAACCGAUCACGCCCGGAUGGCGAGCAGCAGCAAUACGCGGCCGACGAAGCGGCACCGCUGAUCACGUUCGACGAGGAUCCGCGCCGGUACGAUCUUCGCGCAUCAAGUGAGGCCGGCGCGCUGUGGGACGAAUUCCCGCCCGAGAUGGGACCGACCUUGCGCCGCGGCGGUGCCUACAUCCCACUCUAUCCGCUGGAUCCCGAACUGUUUCGUCCGGAGAAGACCACCAACGCGUGGGAGGAUGUCUACGGUGAGGCCCAGCGCAAUCACGAUCGCCCAGUCACGCUCAACAUUGGCGAUCGAGCGCGCGAGCAGAUGAUCCACGGGGCAGCGCAUUAUCGACGCAGCGACGAGGGUCAGGAAUACGCCAACGGUGACAUGUUCAGCGACGGUCACGAGCGCAUCACGUCGGCGUUCCGGCCGUUCAUCUAUGCGCCCCAACGCUCGGUGCCGAUCGAAUACCGCGAGGGUGGCGCCGAUCUCGCCGGCCACCAACGCAGCGCGGAUCGCGUGGCGCCGUUUGGAUUCUUCACCGAGGCGCGCAACGCGUCGGUUCGCGAUGCACACCGCGCGGCUGAGCGAAGCUCCGGUAUCAGUAAGGGUCCGCACGUGCACGGCGAGGUGCGCCAUCCGCUCCGGCACGAGAUCUCACGGGCGGCCUCGGGUGUCGCCCACGCCGCGCUCCAGCACUCAGAGGCCGUGCGCGAACGCAACGUCGACGCCGAUCACCGUGCCGAGAUCUUCAACCCGCUCCAGUUCAACCGACCCGAUCGCGGCGCGGAUGCGGCCAAGGAAGCGAUGCGCGGCAACGCGCUCACCCUGCGCGCCUACCAGGAUCGCGUCAACAUCCAUCACUACGGUGCUCCGGCGAGCCGCGUGCGAUCGGUGGGGCCCGGUGCUAUGAGCCGCGACAGCGUCAUCAGCAUCCCGGUGAUGAAGGAGCUUACGGCCGGAGCGAGACGCGUUGGUAACGCCUUCGCCGACGCCACAGGCGGCAGCCUCGCGGCCGCACACAACAUGACCGACGUGUUCACCUACAACAACACCCAGAAACUGGCGGCUUCUGUUGCGACCGCGGCCGGUCAGGGUAUGGCGCUCAACAACAUGCCGGCGAUCCACAACGUGCUCAUGCCGUUCACCACCGACGGAUCCGUCAAGCUCUACGCCGCCGGCCAGGCGAUGCCGACGGGCAUGACGGGCGCCUACAACGAGCGCGGGCACAACGCCUACUACAACACCGAGGUCUUUAUCAACCCGUUCGCGCUCAAACAGGCCACCGAGACCGCCUACGCCGGCUACGGUCACGCGGGCGAUCCCAACGGCGGCGCUGUGCGCAACGUGCUCAUGCCGUUCACCACCGAGGCCUCCAUCAAGCAGGCCACAGAUCACUCCUCCGUGGCCGCUCCGGGCAACGGCGCGUACGGCGAUCCGGCCCUGUAUUCGGCAGCGAUGGUGGCCAGCAGUGGCGACAUGAUCAAAUCGCUCGGCGGACGCGAGGGCAUCUCGCAUCUGGGCAACGGUGUGCGCGCCCACGGCACCGUCACCGACGAGAACAUCAACCCGCGCUACCUCGACCACACAAACCGCGACACCUACUCGGAGUUCACGCAUGCGGGCGGCGCCGGCAUGUCGCGCUGGGCACCUAUCGGAUCCGAGCCGCUCACGCUCUACGACGUGCACGAACGCACCGUGUCAACGAGCACUCUGCCCGAUGCGUCCAUGCUGGCAGCCUUCCAGAACAACCCGCUGGUGCCCGUGCCAGUGCGAUACCAGUAA